GACCGAAUCAAAGUCCUUGUAAGCAGUGGUAAAUAAUUGGGGUAUUGGAUAAACCUUGGAGGAGGGGUUGGGGUUUUUGUUUCAGAGCUCUUCCUGCUUAGUCUCUCACUGUUCUCCUCUGAAUUUGAAGGUUGCAUCUCAACAGGCAAUCAAGGCAGAUAAGACAUGGCAAGUGUGAUCAUGGCCCCAACUUUCAGCUCACUCUCAGUCAGCAGAAGUGGCAGAGAUUGGAGCGAGCGGAGUAGUGCUAAUGCACAACCUCGCGGUAUGAAAGUGAAGGCAAUGCGAAUAGAGAAACCUCUGGAGGAACUGUACCAAGUAAGAGUGGAAAGAAGGGUGUCACAGGAGAGACUAGCACAGCUUGGAGUCUCGAGAUGGUCAAUGUGGAAGACGGGUAAGUGCAAGCUGCCGUGGGACUGGCAGGUGGACCAGCUGGUUUACAUUGAGGAAGGAGAGGUGAGAGUCGUGCCUGAAGGCAGCCAGCAGUACAUGCAAUUUGUGGCAGGAGAUCUUGUUCGUUAUCCCAAGUGGCUGGAGGCUGACCUCUGGUUCAAUGGUCCUUACCAAGAGCGUUACAGUUUCCGAGCCUAUGGCGAUGAUUAGUAUUGUUGAAUUUUGUAUUUCAACAUGAUAUGUACGCUCUUUGGACUAGAUUUGUAGACUUCAAGUUCGUAUUUGAUACUAUUUUCACAUGAACUGCAAACAUUUUUUCUGCA